CCGGCCCGGCCGUGGCUGAGCGGGAGAGCGGCGGCCCCGGCGGACGGAGCCCCGCGGGCACCAUGAGCGGUUCACAGAACAAUGACACUAAAAGACAGUUUCUUCUAGAACGGCUGCUGGAUGCAGUUAAACAGUGUCAAAUACGGUUUGGAGGAAGAAAAGAAAUUGCUUCAGACUCUGAUAGCAGAGUGACUUGUUUGUGUGCUCAGUUUGAAGCUGUGUUGCAGCACGGCCUGAGGAGGAGCCGAGGACUGGCAUUAACAGCAGCAGCAAUCAAACAGGCAGCAGGUUUCUCCAGUAAAACUGAAACAGAGCCAGUGUUCUGGUACUAUGUGAAGGAGGUUCUGAACAGACACGAGCUGCAGCGCUUUUACUCUCUGAGGGCCAUCACCUCGGAUAUUGGCAGAGGCCGGGCCUGGCUGCGCUGUGCACUGAACGAACAUUCCCUGGAAAGAUACGUUCACAUGCUGCUGGCAGACAAGAAUCGACUCAGUGUCUUCUAUGAAGACUGGUCUUUUAUGAUGGAUGAAGAACGUUCCAGUAUGAUCCCUACAAUGGCAGCUGGUCUGAACUCCAUCCUUUUUGCCAUCAACAUUGAUAAUAAGGAUUUAAACGGGCAGAGCAAGUGCACACCCACCGUGUCUGAUUUGUUAAAGGAAUCCACACAAAAUGUAACCUCACUGUUGAAGGAAUCCACGCAGGGCGUGAGCAGCCUCCUGCGGGAGAUCACUGCCUCCUCUGCUGUCUCCAUUCUCAUCAAACCUGACCCAGACACCGACCCCCUUCCUGUUCUGCCCCGGAAUGUAAAUGCUGAUUUGAGAUAUAAAAAAGAUCGAAAAAAGAAGAAGAGAGUGACCAAUAUUAUCUCAUUUGACGAAGAGGAAGAUGAGCAAAAUUUGGGGGAUUCCACAAAGACUCUGAUUACAGGAGAAAGCUCAGAGGAGAGCGUAGACAGAUCCUCAGUCCUUGCAUUGUCCUCAUCUGAAAGCACUCUUGGAAAAAAUUUGAACGGGAAUGAAAGUAACAGUUCGUGGAAGAGCAAUUCAUUGCCUCAUUCUCUCAUGAAUGGAGAGUACGAGUACCAGAAACUGGAUGUGAAGAGCAUUGAUGAUGAAGAUGCAGAUGAGGAUGAGCUGUAUGGAAAAACAUUAGGAAAUAAAGGCACAGAAGGUGAAACUGAAGCUUCUGAAAAGACUCAUGAAAUAGGCACUUGCAACUCUCAGAUAUGCAGUUGGACUCCUCUGCAGGUCCUCAAUGAUGACUCAGAUGUGCUGUUCCCUGUCAGUGCUGUUGGCUCUUACUCCCAAACAGAUAACUUGGAGAACGGAGAGGGGCAUGAACAUGUUGUUCACCCGGUAGAACUGGUUCCCAGAAGAUCUGAUCUCCCUUACAGAGUGGAAGUCAGUCCUCCAGCACAAGUGAAUACUUUAAGCAGUAUGUUGCCUUCAGCCACCGUGCCAGAAUCCAUGACAAUUAAUGAACUUCGUCAAGCUAUCGUGGCCAUGAUGAAUAGGAAGGAUGAACUGGAAGAGCAGAAUAGAUCCCUGCGAAAUCUGCUGGAUGCAGAGAUGGAGCUCUCAGCAGCACUGAGGCAGGAGAUGGACAACUGGAGAAGGAAAGUAGCAGAGCAGGAAGAGCGACAUGCCACCAAAGUCCAGGCCUUGGCACGAGAAAAUGAGGUGCUAAAAGUGCAACUCAAGAAGUAUGUAGGAGCUGUCCAGAUGCUCAGACGAGAAGGUCAAACAGUGGAAGUUCUGCCAAACAUUUGGAGCACUGAUGGUGAAUUUACGAUUCCAGAGCAAAAGCAAGUAGAGAACAACGAGGAACUCGCCAGCUCUUAUGAAAGAAAAUUGAUUGAGGUGGCUGAAAUGCAUGGGGAGCUGAUUGAAUUCAAUGAGAGGCUGCACCGUGCCCUGAUGGCUAAGGAAGCUCUCGUGUCCCAGAUGAGACAAGAACUAAUUGAUUUGAGAGGCCCGGUCCCUGGAGAUUUGAGUCAAACAUCUGAAGAUCAGAGUUUGUCAGAUUUUGAAAUAUCAAAUCGUGCUCUUAUUAAUGUUUGGAUUCCCUCAGUCUUUCUGCGUGGAAAAGCUGCUAAUGCAUUCCAUGUUUAUCAGGUUUAUAUCAGGAUAAAGGAUGAUGAAUGGAAUGUUUAUCGAAGAUAUGCGGAGUUCAGAAGCUUGCAUCAUAAAUUACAGAGUAAAUACCAGCAAGUGAGGACUUUUAACUUUCCACCUAAAAAGGCCAUUGGAAACAAGGAUGCAAAGUUUGUAGAAGAGCGACGCAAGCAGCUACAAAAUUACCUAAGGAACGUAAUGAACAAAAUUAUUCAAACUGUGCCAGAAUUCACAGCCAAUCCCAAAAAAGAGACACUUAUUCAGCUGAUGCCCUUUUUUGUGUAAGUAUCUGUCAAGUACUCAAGAAAAUAUUAAGCUUUUUUCAUCACAAAUAAUUUAAAAUAUAAUGCCAACAUCUCCAAACUCUUUAAAACUGCGGGGUUUUUUAAAUAGAAGUCUUCUGUUCUAAUUGUAAGUGCUUUUUUUAUAUUUAAAGGAAUAUAUGGCAUGUGGAGUAUUUUUUGUUUAUUUAAAUGGUGACUUUGAAUAAAAAUCCCAGUGUAAAGCUUUCAGAAAUAUCUCAGUGACUUCAAAACCUGCAUCUGCCUGCACUCUUCAAACACUAGGUGUCUUCAUUUUCUUUUAUUUGGUCUUUUUUUAGUGUUGUUUUGCUUCUGUUUGUGUGGGCUUUGUAUUGUUUUUAAAUUUAUUUUGGGGACUGAGGGUAGAGUACUAUUAAGGUACUUACUGACCAAAUUAAAAAUUCAAGUUGUUGAACUCUUUCUAGCUGAAUUUUACAAUCUGCUGACUCAUGUUCUGAUUUCAUUAAUGUUAAAGUUGACUGUGUCCUGAUACAGUUUAACACAGUCAUUUGUUAAGAAUCUCAAAAGAAACCCUUAGAUACACAAUCACACAAGGGAUAUAAUCUGGUAAAAUCUUCCCUUUCUGCUUUAAAUAUCGUUCUUUAUGUAUUUGUAAAUGAUAUUUAGAACUAUUUAAGAAAUAAUAUUAAUGAAAAUUUGUUUUUGUAAGUGGUGUUAAAUUUCAUAAUAUUUUGGUUUAAUAGUAUUUUACUAUACACAUCGGCUCUUUGUAAACACAUACAUAAGAACAGGAGGGAUCUUUGGCAACAAGCAUCACAAUUUUUUGCACUUUGCAGUUUCAUAAUUCUCAACACAUUGCACGAAGCAAUGCACUAGAGUGGAUUCAAGAAUAAUCUGUGAUAUGGCAAAGAGGUUCUUUUUGUACCUGUGAAUUAUUUCCUUAGAAUUUUUUCUCAUAUAGUAGAUGUUUCAGCAUUCUCUCUGGGAAUACUAGUGGGAUUCUGGAAAAAUUAAGCUGUUGAGCAAAAUAACUAUAUACCUCAUCUACAGCAGCAGACAAAAUGGCUUUUUAAUGCAUUUUUCUACUGAGAGAUCAGACUCUUCUUCUGCAGCUAGAGCAGCAAUAUUAAAUUAAUACAAAGAACUUUUCUAAGAUGUGCUCCUUCUAUCAUUGUCUGAAAGUAUCAUCAUUUCUAGGCUAUUAUUUGAACUUUGUCCUUUAUUUUCUGCCAUGACCUGGCACUGUUGGUGAUUUAGAAAAGACAUCCAAAAGAAAAUGCAUUUCAGUUCCACUUCAUAUUGCCAACU